AAGUGUGUGGAGGAGAGGAUUGUAAACUUAUUGUAUACCGAGCAACGCUUUUGGGGGUUGAAGGGAAUUGAGGGGUGGUUCAUGGGAGGGCAGCGUCCCAGUCGUGGUCGUUAUCGCAACGUCAGAAUGACGACGAGCCGUUAAGAGAGCGCUGGAGGUUUUCUGCGCGCGAGGAGUCAGUGGACCGUCAGUGGCGGGGUUCGAAACUUCCUUAUCUCAGUGGUGCAGUUGUUCGACGCCCCUCGCUAGGGUUGUCAGAAAAUUUUUUUUUUAUUUUUCGGUAAUUGAUCUUUGACGACAAUUAUUUGAUUAAGUGACCGUAUUUAUAGAGAGUAGGUCGUCGUUUUUUUUUGGUGCUUUUAUUUCUUGUUUUGAUACGCGGACAAUUAUUCUGUCUCGCAUUCGACAGAAAGAGAGAAAAAAAAAAACGAUGGCCAAUUCCGGUUCGGUCGCCACCGACGGGGUUAUCGGCGAGAAUGACGCUCCCUCCACUGGGAUAUCGAGCCCGAGGAAUCCCCUUAUUUGCGGCAUAUGCCACGACUACUACAGGGAACCAUGUCUACUAUCUUGCUUCCACACCUUCUGCGCCCGUUGUCUACGCGGACAGAAUAUGGACAGCAAAAUUUCCUGUCCGAUAUGCGCGCAAGUAACGAUGCUGAAGGAAGGAACUCAGCUUCCACCUGCGGACCAGCUAAUGCGGCAUUUGGUGGAGCUAGCAAAUUCGGAGAAUCCUCCUUGUGCCAACUGCGAUAAGAGAGACAAGUCUACCAUGUUCUUCUGCACGACUUGCGGUCAAGCCCUAUGCAACCACUGUCGAGAACACACUCACCGUGCAAAGAUGUUUUCAACUCACGAAGUGGUGCACAUGAGUAAGUGUGCAAAGGACACCCAACGCCGGUGUCCCACCCACGGGGAGCAGUACAUAAUGUAUAGUCAAAGUGCGAAGUGCAUGCUUUGUGCCACUUGCAUCCGAGAAACACCACCAGACUCCCGCCUCCACUGUGUUGAUAUCGACCUAGCCUGGCAACAAGCUUCCAAAAAGAUAGAACGAGCCGCCAACUCCAUUUGCGAGAUUCAAGUUGGAGUGAAGGACGGGCUUUUAGCUUUGAAGUCUCAAUUGGACGAGUUGCGCCACAGUCUCGAGUCAGAGAAACGAAGUCUCAACGCCUACUGUCAAGGAAUGCAGGACGUUAUUAACAAGAGUCACAAUUCCGUUUUAGCCGAUUUACAACGUCAAUACGAGUCGAAGGAGCGAAUGGUUAGGGCACAACUACUUUCACUUGGUAGUGCACUUCCGGUUCUUCAGAUGCACUUGAUGCUGUGUACGGCAUUCACCACCGGAGCGACGCGUUAUCAGUUUCUCGAGUUGGCUCAUCAUAUGCUCGAGAGGCUCGGGAAGGUGGCACAAUUAGGUCAUCCGAAUAAACCCCCAAUGUUGAGUGCGCAUUUGAAGAUUAAUUACAGAAGCGAGAUCAUUAGGGCGCUACAGCCCUACAUGAGUCAGACCCAGCCGCUGAAGGACUCCGUUUAUGAUCUGACGCACACCAUUGCUCACGAGUCGCAGUUCAUUCAGAAUAUCAAACCUUCGAAACUGCAACAGCCGACGAAGCCGCCUUCAGAUUCCGGGCCCUUUUCGAAUCACUGCCGAACAUUCGACUCCCAAUUAAAGGAACUGAGCCAACAGUUAAUAACAGUGAAGGAACGAUUGGGAGAGCUGCAUCGGGACGUGGCUCUUCUUCGUCGGGCUAACACACCACCAGUGGGGUCUAGAUACGAACAUAUCGCUAGGGAUUGUCGCUUCCUGGAGCAACAACUAGAUCAUCAUCAAACGGAAUUGGAGCGUUUGCGGGGCAUCUUCGAUACACUUUGGGAGGAGCAGCUUUGUAGGAUUCACUUCGAAAAGGAGAUCUUCCAUUCACAGAUGAACGAUAUCCUCUCGCUGAGAAGUGAAGUGAAACAAAUUCUAACAAUGGCACAACAGCUGGAACCGUUUGUCAAGUCCUUCUCGUCGGGAAUGACUGCAGGUGAGAUAUCAGCAGCCGCUUCAGACGCCGCAGGUCACCAACAUCUUCAGGUCCUUCUGGACCAUUUGGCUCGACUCCAAAUGCAAGAACCACCACAGCCUCAGGGUCCAGCUCCCACAAAAGAGUGUCGACAUCCUAGAGGUUCUGCUCCCACAGCUGAUAAUGCCCUUUACAUGAAAGAAUCGAAGGAAGCUACACCACGAUGUCGAACUCCGUCUGGUGGAAUGGGAGCGAUUCUGGACUCAAGUGGAAAUAUUGUCGUCUAUGGAUCCGCGCCUGCAAAACCAGACGGCAAACGGGGUGUGCUGAGUCAGUUGAUCGACAAGGCGAGAACGAAGGAGGAUAGAAAAAAAUCCCCAGGCAGGGAGGAGGGUAGAGAUCGAAGUCAGACUCGCCACUCGAGGAAGUCGCCGGAAAAUCAAAAACCGAAGACACCGCCAGGUCACUCGAAGGUUCGGUCUUUUUAUCGAUCCCUGAAAGGAAGUACCGGGGAUAAUUCAGCCGAAGGACUUGAUCAACCGGAACGUGGUGACAAAGGGGGUGACCAACAGCAAAAUCAGCAAUGCGACGACUGUGAAUAUCAAAGAAUUUCCGAGGCCUCAACUCUAGGCGAGGCUAAAAAGCGAGUCCAAGCUCAAGUACAUCCAGUGCCUCCAGACGAAAAGAAAAGUUCCCGAAAGAGUCCGAAAGUAUAUCCAGUGAGCGAUUCCGAGGAGCUUUUCUACUCCAGGGAAGACUGUAAUUCAAGAAGAAGACGACGCGCUAGUUGCGAUAGUCUCAGUAUCACAGGGUCCGAAACAAGUAUCGUCGAGGCUUCGGUGGGUCGAGCGGCGCAGGACCCGAGGAAAACUCUGGUACUCUUGGUUGGACGGAGAUCAACUCCAUCUCUGGUGCAGAAGCAGCGUUCGUGGGAGACAUUUCCUGGGCCGAAGAAAAGAAGCGGCAGUGAGGGCAGCGCUUUGGGUCAAUUGAAGAAGGCUGAUAGUUUCGAGGGUCAUGAGGAGGCUGUUCGUACAUUGGUCGCUGCGGUCCAAGAGACGCGGUCCCAACUGCGACAGCAUCAUCUCCAUCAUCACCGUCAUCACCGCAAGAGCAAAACUAAUUAACGAAAAAGGAAUCUUUUUUUAAAGUAAUUUUUCCUUCUUUCAUUCCAGGAAAUCCCCAUCUCGAUCCCUAUUCAUGAUAGUCCGACAAAAAAAAUUGCUUCUCUUUUUUUGUCUCUUUUUCAAUUAGUUGUCUCAGGAAUAAUGCAACUAAUUUCACAUGCUUAAAGAGGACAAUAAUGCUAAACUUUUUUUGAAAAGUGAUAUUUACGUUAAACCUCGACCUCAUUUAUUCCAACGAUAUUUGAGAUACUGCCGAUUAAUAAAUUUCUUAAAAGUAGAAUAGAAGUUGAGUAAAGUCUAAAGGAAACGAGUUAUCGUGAGACAAUUAUCUUCAAAGGAAAAACAUUUCCAAAAUGAAAGUCGUAGGUAAAAUAGAAAAUUAAAUUAUCAAAUCAGUUGCGAUGCAAAAUUAAAAUUUGAAUUUGACAAGAAGAAACUUUUGUCGGUCUGUAUAAUGAAAACACUUUUUAGGAAAGGACAUUUUUACAUGCCAUUUUUACAUGAUGUCAAUUUUUACUUUUUAUUUUGAGAAAAACUUUUAAGAAGCUUUUUAAGAGAGUUGGAUAAUCCUGCGAGAAGCAUUAAUAAGUGAAACUUUAUUAGCAUUGAAUAAAAAAAAGUCAAGUUCAAGAAGACAGGCAGGGCUAUUUUUAGAUACAAAUUCCUGCACCGACAUUUAUCGACUCUUUUUAGCCCAGACUCAAACCGGCUUGUUAACUGAAUUUCUUAGAAUUUUUUUUUGAAAUUCGUAAAACAACACAUCGGUAAAUGUCUAAUUUUUCGUCACCAAUCAAUUUGUAGUUGCGAAAGAAAAACAUGUUUUUUUAUGUUCAACAUUUUUGAAAAAAUUCAUUAUCAUUUUUGCGCAAUUUCUUUUUUUAUGAAAAAUAUUCCCUCCUUAUCCAAAAAUGUGCCUUUUUUACGAAAAACCUUCCUACAAUCAAAACUUUUAAACUUUUUUUUGGACCUCUUUUGUAAAAAUUUUCUUUUUCUUAUCUUUAACGUAAAAUGUGAAAAGGUCCAUUUAAUUAAAAAACGCACAAAAUAUUUUUCAGUUCAUUUAAUAAAAAAAUGAUUAAAAAUCACAC